CUUCCUUCGCUCGUUGCCAUUGUUGUUGUUGAUAACCUGACAGCCCAUGUGUGACUUGACUGUCACUCUCUCUCUCUCUCUCUCUUUCUAACUCUCUAGCUAGAUAGCUACUAGUAGUAGUUGUAGAACAUCAUGUCGUUCUUGGAGGAAGCGAUAGCGAUCUCGAGUGAUGAAGAGGAGCAAGAGGAGUGGGGAGUCCACGCCCAUCCAACACCAACAACACAGGAAAUCAUUGACGUUGCCAGCGAUGACGAAGAGGAAUUGUCAGCAUCAGAUGGUGAAGACAAUAUCAUGACAUGCCAACGAAAGAGGGGGUUGGAUGAAAGCCACAAGGAAAAGGCUCAUCCUCCACGCUACAAGACGAUCACCAAGAAGCGUCGACUGCCAGCUGACGAGAACAACAAGAGCGACCACACACAGAAGAAUAAGAAUAAGCAAAGAGUACCACCAUCAGACGCAACAGAAGCAGACGAAACAACAACACCAGAAGAACGAGAGGAAGAAGAGUCUUGUUUGUUUCGUCUCCCGCCUGGAUUUCGCGCCUCCACGAAUUUGGCAGAAUCGAAAUCGCUCUUGUUUUGUUGCGUCCCAGAUGUCCACGGCGUCAGCAUGCGGAUUCCGUGGGCGUAUCAUCGCUUUGUCUACUUGAAACAACACCGGCCACGGCAACUUCUCCGGGAAAUUCUACACUGCUCUUCGAAGUAUGGAUAUCCGAUUCAUUCCUUGCUUCACUUGACCACCAACACCUUGCUGCUACCAGCCAGUAGCAACAACAACGACAACAACCAACAAUGCAAUCCAGCACCACUGAUACGCGCCAUUCUACAAUUUGCGGCAUCAUCAUCAUCAUCAUCAUCCUCCGAGGAGUACAAGGCCAUGCUGCAAAUGAAAUCCACGUCGGCGCACAUUUUUGUCACGCAUCCAUCCCAUGCUGGACGCACCGCAUUGCAUAUGGCGUGUUGGGGAAACGUCAAUCGACACAUCCUCCGGCUGCUCGUAAAAGGCAAUCCACACGCCCUCCUCCAACAAGAUGAUGGUGGGCGAACCCCCUUGGCAGUACUGAAAAUGUACCAUUUCCAACAAAAACAGCAGCCGACGCCAUUCCAUCAACGACGCCAAGCUUUUUUAGAAUCCGCUACGGAGCAGUGGUUGGCAAAACAACAACGAAAAAGGAAAAGGAGAACCGAAAGAUGAUUUGAAUCGAAUCAUGACGGAUCUACAGGUAUUUCGGACGCGACGUGGGAAGCGGAUUGAAUCGAUUCAUCGGUGAGAAGGAUCAUGCAUGGGAUCUGCUUGGUUCCAAAACAAACAAACAAACAAACAACGAUCUUCAACAGAGGAAUUACUGAGGACGAUUGUCGGGCACCACAUGUCGUUCGUUGCUUGUGCAUAUGGGAUCAUGUUCGCCGUGCGGCGAUGCGGUACUCUAAUCUAUUAAUACAGUUCCUUACGGAAGCUUGCCAACAAAAAGGCAGGUAUUUUCCACCCUUUCCGGGUGCCAUGGUUCAUGCAAGCAGCACAAGUGGACGCACAAGCAGAAAUUGCGGCAGAGAACCAGCAAUACAGCCUUUUCAACAGACCGAAUCCAUGCUUCAUUCAUUCAGAGGGGGCUGAUGUAGAGCUAGUUGCAGAUCCGCUGAAUGACGAAUUGAAUCGAAUCCGCUACGGAGCAAUGGUUGGAACAACAACAGGAGGAACCGCAAGAUGAAUCAAAUUGAUGGACGCAACAUACAUGGUUCUUUCUCUUGGAUGGGCUCGGACUUGGAAAGAAGAAGACCGGGACAUUCCCAUUGCGGCUCAUUUGGGAGAUGGGGGCAUUGUUCGUUAUUGGGCACCGGUACGGCCAGUGAUGGUCAGAAGAUUGUCAAGGAGAACGUCGAGGACGAAAAGAAUGGCAAAGUACUCGUAUACACGGCUCUGCAUAAGGUGGUCGUUCGAGGCAAGCAUCGAGGAAGAGUUGGAAGUAUGUUACUUUCCCGUGGAGCUGAUGUGAGGAACGCUGAAUGAAUGCAGGAGACGAUGCCGCGGCUCUGGCCCAACGAAUGUAUACGGGUACAUCUACUUAUUGUUGGGAUGGGAGCACAGGUUUGCUGUCGAGAGCGCGAUUGCUCUGCGCGAGAGAUCAGGUCCCUGUUCUCAGCUUUGUCCAU